AUGCUCGCGAGCAGACGCUCCACCAAUUGUGCCCUCCCCGCCCUUCCCACCCGCCUCCUCCUCCCCAUCGCUCUCCCCCGAACACCACCCACCAACGCCCGGCACUAUGCCACCGAAGCCAACCUAGGCUCCGCAGCCGACGAAUACACCAAGUGGCCCCUCAACCCCCUCCCAACCCCAUACCAGAUCUUCCACUACAACCAGCAAACACCAUACUCAAAAACCCGCUACUUCCAGCUCGUAAAGCUUUACCACCCCGACCACGCCCGCCACAGAAACCUCCACAUCACCGAGGCCGUCCGCGUCGAGCGCUUCCGCCUUGUGGUCGCUGCAAACGCGAUACUGUCGGACCCCGCGAAGCGCGCGGCGUAUGAUCGGUUUGGCCUCGGGUGGAAUGUGGCGGCCGCGGCGAUGCAGCAGCAGAGGCCCAAGUGGUGGCAGGAGAGAGAGGGACAUGGGCCGAGCGAGUAUGGGAAGGGCGGGCCCAAUGAUCCGAGCCGCAACGCGACCUGGGAGGACUGGGAGAAGUACUAUCAGCGCAAGGCGGCGGCGGAGCGCGGGGAGAAGGCGGGGGGAGGGCAGGAGACGCUGUAUACGUCGAAUAAGGCGUUUAUAGUGAUUGUGGUGUUCCUGGCGUCGCUGGGAGGGAUUGCGAAUAUUAGUCGGGCGAAUACGAAUGGGCAUUUAUUCCUCGACCAGACGGACCGCAAUUCGGCGAAGAUUGGGAGGGAGCUGCAGAGGAGGAAGCAGGAGGCGAUGAGGUUGGGGAGUAAGGAUGAGAGGAUACAGAAUUUUUUGAGGUCGAGAGAUCCGGUGGGGUAUGGGGUGGUGGAUCCGCAGGAGGAUAAGGUGAGGAGGUUGUUGCCGCCCGAGGAGAGGUGUAUUAGUGAUGAUAUACAGAAGAGGAGUGUUGGCUCUUGA